AUGUCUCCAACUGCAUUUCCCGGGGCGCCUACCCCCACCAACACCGGCUCCUCGAUGGCGUCGUCGUCGCAUCCUGCUGGCAAGGAAAAGACGGUCCCGUUCGCUCUUCUGGGUGUCUUUGGCUUCGUCGCGGUCUUUGGCAUAGCUGCCUUCAUCGGGAAGUGGUACUCUGCCAGAAUUAAGCAGCGGAAGAUCAUAGCAGCGAGGAAGGAGCGGCGGACAUCCAGAGGUAAACAGAGCAAACAGAGCUCCCGACGCAAGCGGCAGGGGAGCUGGGUGAAGCUAGCGAACAAAGAGGUCGACGAGCAGACUCCCCUGCCGACGAGACCACGGAUCGGCGCCUCUCCGUCCCCCAGUACACCUCCUCGCAGUCCCGCUCCCGCCCGGACACCCCGUCUCAACAAAUCUGCCUUCCUCUCCCGGCCUGAGAUCUCUUCUCCCUUGGCAAUGGACCCACUGAGCCCGUUCCAGAGCAACGAACCAACAGCGAAAACCCCCUCUGCAAGCACAUCAGACAGCCCCCGCUCUCCGUUGCUGACGUCACAGGAUAUCAAAUCGUCGGCGCCUACGAUGGCCGAACGGCGGGUGCGGCAGAUGCGGUCCAAUCCGAAGCUCUCUCCCGUGCAAAAGGCAACGCCAUUGCUAUAAGCGCGCCGAUCGCCCCAAGCAACCGACUAGUCGCGCUCGAUGGCUCAGAAGCUUCUAUAGAACUGCAGCUGGCACGUUGGAAUUCUUUUUUACCGUAUCUUGUGUCGUCGCAUGUAGUGAUACCCGCCGGCUCUGCGAGCCUAAUUCGAAUACCGAGCCGAAGCUUCUGAAACCGGGUCCGGGCUGUCUCGUCUUUGGCCUCUGACCAUCUGUGCUUCUCGACUUCUUUUUCCCUCUUUUGUGCUCGCUGGGUGCUCUUUGGAAUGCGCCAACGUAUGCUGGCCUCUUCCCCGCGGUCUUGACGCCGCCACAUGGACUCUUGGAGCCUGGAGUGCUCCCCGAUUCGGACUU